AUGCUGUAUGAAGACACUCUUCAUAUACAGAAAUACAAGGAGUGGUUCCACAAUCACAAGAAAUGCAGGGCCAAUGCCAAACCUUCCAUGAAGCUCCAGAGGAAAUGGACAGCACACCAAAUAUGGGAUGAAGUUGAGGAGGAGACCAGGCAGAAGCCAAACCAGAAAGAAGUCCUGAAGAGGUAUCAACUAAUGAUGACUGCAAUCAUGAAAGGCCUGAAUAAAAAGAAGUUGGAGGAAGCUGAGGCAAAGGCCAAUGAGUGGACCAAUCAAGUGCCCAAUGCCGCAGUCCAGGCCAAGGCUGCUGAGCAAAAGGGAGAAAAGAUGAUCAAGCAGUUUGCCACAGAGAUGUUUGCUCAGGCUGGCAUGAGACUAUUUGUAUUGGGUUCCUGGAAGGAUAAGAAGGGCCACCUCAAAACAUCUGGGUUCGACUUCAAUAAACAGCUUGGCAAGGGAUCCAGCUUCAUGAAAACAAAGGACUGGCAGGUCAUCCUAGUGGGAUGGGAAGAUUUCCUCAGUGAUGUAUUUGAUCAAGAUCAAGACCUGGAAGGCACUGUGAUUGGAGGUACUUGCCAAAUUCCCAAACCAUACUAUGAGUUUGACCAGGACCGCAUGGGCUUGCUGAUCUUGCCCAAUAUGGACAAUGUCCUGCUGGGAACCAAGAAGAGCAUGAUUCAGUCUUUCCUUACCAUUCAUUACAGAAGAUGUUGUGGAAGGCCAAAGGUCCCAGUGCCAUGGAGUGACAUCUUGAAGGGACAAUCCAGGUUCAUCUCCAGCACAUACCUGCUGGAUGGUAUUCAAAUCUGGGAGCCAUCCAAACUUACUCACUGUGAAGCCAACACCUUGUUGGACUAUUGGUUUGACCAACAGGAGAACUGGGUUGGACUGAUAUUUCAGUUCAAGGCCUGGAUUGAUGACAAGGGCAAGAUGUGCCCACCUGUGGGCGCUGGGUCUGAUGACUCUGAUGGUAAUGCCGAUGAUGAGAGUGUUGGCCCCAGGCCAACCAGACAGGCAUUGGCCACAUCCACAAACUCCCAGCCCAGUAGUCCCAACCACUGGCCAUCCCCACUUGUCAAAGGUCGGCUGAGGCCGACCAAACGACCUUGCAUCAGUUCUGCUGAGGAAGAAUCAAGGGAGUCUGAUGCUGAUGAUCAUGUUGGCAAUGCAGAAACCACCGCCGCAAACUCAAGGCAGACCAUUAGAGUAGAAUCCACCACCAGCUCAACCAGGCUGGCCUUGGCACAUGAUGCCCGACCAAUGGUGCAUUCAGCAGGGUCAAUCUCCCAUCCCAGCAAGCCAUCUGCCUCAGCCAAGACCACAAUGCUGGCUGCACAGAUUGCCAAGGGUUCAGAUAAUGAAACUCCCAGUGGUGUUGCAACAAAGGCUGGUUAG